AUGGCAAAGAUUUAUCCAGGUGCUGAUAUAGGCUCGGAUCACAACCCGGUGGUUGUUAGGGUGAAGAUUGCACUAAAGACAAAGAUUAAGGCUGCAACCAAGGAAGCCAGGUUGGAUAUGGACUUACUGAAGAAGAGCGAGUAUAGUGAAAGAUUUUCUGCUGCGGUACAAAAUAGGUUUAAAGGACUGAGAGUAGAAGACAUGGAGCAGACACCAGAUAACAUGCGGUCAAAUCUGAAGGACUGUAUGCAAAUGGCAGCGGAAAAAUGUCUCCCCAAAAGAAGGCGUGUAGCGAAACAAGUCUGGAUGACAGAUCACAUUCUGAAGCUCAUGGAAGAGAGAAGGAAGCACAAGCAGGUCACGUCUAAGUACAAGGAAUUGGACCAACAAAUAAGAGCAGAGUGUGCAAAAGCUAAAGAACAACGGUUUAUCAAACGGUGUGGAAAGAUAGAGACCAUGGACAUGUUGCAUCAUUCAAGGGAUAUGCACGGGGAGAUUGCAGAGAUGACCAAUAGGAACAAGAAACAAUCAAGGGUUGGCAUUAUUCAAGACAAGGAUGGGAACAUACUCUUUGAGAAUGACAAGGUGGAAAGUAGAUGGAUGGAAUACAUUAGGGAAUUGUACUACGAUGCUAGAAAUGAUCAAGUGAGUGAGAAGAACACGGAAGGUCCGGAAAUUUUGGUAGCGGAAGUAAGAACAGCCAUUGGAAAGUUAAAAACUGGACUUGUCGAUGACGGAACCCUGAACGCCAGGCCUCGGCCUGUGGACUCGCCAACUCGCCAACCUACGGGCCGCUACCCGCACAGACCUCUGAUCCGGGGACCCGCUGACCUCCUGCCUGUGGAGCUGUUCCCUGGACUGACGCCCAGCACAUGGAAAUCUUUAGCCACAGAACGAAGCCAGGCAAUAGCGCUCGACGCCAAGCCCCAGGCAGAACCGCCGAAGUUCGCGGAUACCUACCACGUCUCAGGAGUUUUCUCAUUGCCAUAUGCCGAGAUUGAAGAACCAUUUGAAGCUUGGUUUAACCUGUCUGGGAACGCCAGUCACAUUGAGUAUUACCAUGCUCGCUUCCCACCCACCAGACACCCUAUUCCCUUCCCUUGUGCCAUUCGCUCUGUGCUGGCCCUCACGUUGCCAACUUCAAUCCCCGUCUGGUCUCUGAUUCCCUCCCAGCCGCCCCCACACUUAAUCCCCAGGCUUCUCCCCCUCUGGACCCUGCCCCAACCUGAGUCACGGUUUCUAGUGGAAGAGGAUUAUAAAGGUCGGCGCUGUGCCGUGCGGCAGAAUAAUUUCGUGAACACAAAGAUAAAUGAGUACACCAUAUGGAUCACCGAUUCAAGCCAGGGCCCCAUCCCGGUGCACUAUGAAAUGAAGGGAUUUAACACCCUGCUCAGAACACAUUAUGAGUACGAAGUCAAUUAUCACACUGUCCAUCUCAAAGUGGACCCAAGUGUCUUCAAGCUACCGGAAGGUAAAUUCUACAACUGGUUGCAUUGUGAGGGUUUCUCUGGUCCAGGGGUGGAACACAGGAUCCUGGCCAACCCCAUCAAGGACUUGGUCAGCACCGAUAAGGAAGACGGGGCUCGUCGCUUCUUCCAGCAUUUCAAGGAGAGGUUUGGGAGGGAGUACGCCGAAGGUGACGUGGAGCACGAGUCUAGAAGGACUACCUUCACUCACAACAUGAGGUAUAUCCAUUCAAAGAAUCGGGCAAACCUGUCCUAUAAGAUGGAGGUUAACCAUCUCGCUGACCGGACAGAGGAGGAGAUGCUGGCCAUGAGGGGAAGGCUUAAAGGAUUAUACCUCUACAAUGGACAGCCUUUCCCCAAGGAGCGUUACGUGCCUGUGGUUCUCCCAGCCGGCCUGGAUUGGAGGUUAUAUGGUAUCGGGGAGCUUAUGAUGGACCAAGACAUGUGUGGCUCUUGCUGGAGUUUUGGAGCAACAGAUGCAUUGGGAGGUGCCCUCCUUCUUAAGACUGGAAAGUUGAUCUCUCUCUCGCAGCAAAUGUUGAUCGAUUGCUCCUGGGGCUUUGGAAACCAUGCCUGCGACGAAGGGUUGGCAUGGAGAGCGUUCGAGUGGAUCAAGAAACACAGUUCUACUGCAGAUGCAGAGUCCUAUGGUCCAUACCUGGGGCAGAAUGGACUCUGUCACUAUAACCAGUCCACAAUGACAGCAAAGGUGAAGGGCUAUACAAAUGUUACUUCAGGAGACAGUGAAGCUUUAAAGUUGGCCCUCUUUAAAAAUGGUCCCGUGGCUGUCAGAGUUGAUGCAUCUCACAAGUCCUUUCGGUUUUACAGCAGCGGGGUUUACUAUGAGCUGGAGUGUGGAAACAAACUGGAAGAUUUGGAUCAUGCUGUGCUUGGCAUUGGCUUUGGCGUGGUUAAUGCUCAGCCAUACUGGCUCAUCACGAACUGUUGGUCAACGUACUGGGGCCAUCACGGAUUCAUACUGAUGGCCAUGAAAGACAACAACUGUGGUGUCACUACAGCUGCAUUCUAUGUCACCUUGGAGUGACGACUGCUGGUUUACUUGUGUUAUAAAUUUAGAAAAUAGAUUCAAAGUACAUUUAUUAUCGAAGUAUGUAUGCAGCAGACAACCCUGAGAUCUGUCUUCCCCACAGACAGUCAUGAAACUAAGAACUGUGGAACUAACCUGUUCAGAGAAAAACUUCAAUCCCCCCAACACGUGCAAAUAAAAUUCGCACAAACGGCAACAACAGAGCAAAAACACCGAAUAUAAAGCACAAAAAUCAAAAGGCAUAUUUCAGUUCAGCUCAGUGUUAUCUGCAGGCUGCCCCGGUUAAAAGUCACCCAAGAGUAUUAACAAGGAGCGGCCAGAACUCGAACCAGAGACAUGACAAACCUGAUUUAGAGUCUAAAUCUACACACCGCAUCCAGGUGUCCUCCGACAGCGUCGAAGGAGGGAGGGGGAGAGAGAUGUAGAACGUUAAACCCCAGUGCAGGCCCUCUGACCCACGAUGCUGUAACCUACUCUAGGGUCGAUCUAACCCGCCCCCCACCACCACGUAGCUCUCCAUUUCUCUAUCGUUCAUGUGCUGAUCUAAGCGUUUCCUGGAUGUGUCGGUCAUGUCCCCUUGCAAAAUGUUCCAUGCACCCACCACUCUCUGUGUAACAUACAUCAAAGUUGCUGGUGAACGCAGCAGGCCAAGCAGCAUCUAUAGGAAGAGGUGCAGUCGACGUUUCAGGCCGAGACCCUUCGUCAGGACUAACUCUCUGUGUAAAGAGCUUAUUGCUGGCCUUCCCCUUAUACUUCCCUCCAAUCACCUUAAAAUCAUGCCUUCUUCUCUACCGAUUUCCACCCGGGGGGAGAAAAGGUUGUUAGCUAUCCGCUCUAGGCCCGAUGCAGCCGCCUCUACAUUGGUGAGACACGUCACAGAUUGGGAGACCGCUUCGUCGAGCAUCUCCGUUCCAUCUGCCAAAAGUUGAACUUCCUGGUGGCCAGUCAUUUUAAUUCUGACUCACAUGUCCAUUCCGACAUGUCAGUCCACGGCCUCCUCUUGUGCCAAGAGGCCAUCCUUAGGGUGGAGGAGUAACACCUCGGGUAACCUCCACCCUGAUGGCAUGAAUAUCGAGUUCUCCUUCUGGUAAAAUCACAUCAUGGUGUGCUCCUGGUUGCUCCAUUUUUUUGUUGCAUUUUGGGCGAUUUUAGAUCUGGCCAGUCUGCAGAUAAUGAACUGAGCUGAACCGAAUAUGCCUCGACUCCUUCGAUUUUGUGUUUUAUAUUCUGUGUUUUUCACUCUUCUUUUUGUUGCCAUUUGCACAAUUUGUUUUUUUUUUGCGCGUGGGUGGUUGAUGUUUUCUCCGAAAAAAACAAAGAUAGUUUUCUUCGUUUCGUGGCUGUCUGAGGGGAAGAUGAAUCUUGUGCUUUGAAUUUUGAGCCUCUGACCUGAUAAAGAAAAGGUCAUACAGAAGCAAUGUCUUUUGAUGUG